UACUAUGAGAAGGACCCCAAGAGGAUUUACUACCUCUCCCUGGAGUUCUACAUGGGGCGGACACUGCAGAACACCAUGAUUAACCUGGGGCUGCAGAAUGCCUGUGAUGAAGCCGUCUACCAGCUCGGGCUGGACAUGGAAGAGUUGGAGGAGAUUGAGGAGGAUGCCGGGUUGGGCAACGGCGGUCUCGGCAGGCUUUACGGCAUCUUCAACCAGAAGAUCCGGGAUGGGUGGCAGGUGGAAGAAGCUGAUGACUGGCUCCGGCAUGGCAACCCCUGGGAGAAAGCCCGUCCUGAGUACAUGCUGCCCGUGCACUUCUACGGGCGGGUGGAGCACGGUGCCACCGGAACCAAGUGGGUCGACACCCAGGUGGUGCUGGCACUGCCCUACGAUACCCCCGUGCCCGGGUACAUGAACAACACCGUCAACACCAUGCGCCUGUGGUCAGCUCGGGCACCCAACGACUUCAACCUGCGGGACUUCAACGUCGGAGACUACAUCCAGGCUGUGCUGGACAGAAACCUGGCAGAGAACAUAUCCCGUGUCCUCUACCCCAACGACAAUUUCUUCGAGGGGAAGGAGCUGAGACUGAAGCAGGAGUACUUUGUCGUGGCUGCCACCCUCCAGGACAUCAUACGCCGCUUCAAAGCAUCCAAAUUUGGGAGCACAGAAAGUGUCCGGACAGUGUUUGAUUCCUUCCCCGACCAGGUCGCCAUCCAGCUGAACGACACACACCCCGCCAUGGCCAUCCCUGAGCUGAUGAGGAUUUUCGUGGACAUCGAGAAGCUGCCGUGGAACAAGGCCUGGGACAUCACCAAGAGGACCUUUGCCUACACCAACCACACUGUGCUCCCUGAAGCCCUGGAGCGUUGGCCAGUGGACCUGGUAGAGAAGCUGCUCCCCAGACACCUGCAGAUCAUCUACGAGAUCAACCAAAGACACCUGGAUCACAUCGCGUCCCUCUUCCCUCAUGACGUGGACCGGCUGCGGAGGAUGUCCCUGAUAGAGGAGGGAGGCACCAAGAGGAUCAACAUGGCCCAUCUCUGCAUCGUUGGCUCCCACGCUGUCAACGGCGUGGCGAAGAUCCACUCCGAAAUAGUCAAGACUCAGGUCUUCAAGGACUUUGCAGAGCUGGAGCCGGAGAAGUUUCAGAACAAGACCAACGGCAUCACCCCGCGGCGCUGGCUCCUGCUCUGCAACCCGGGGCUGGCGGAGCUCAUUGCAGAGAAAAUAGGGGAGGACUACGUGCGGGACCUGAGCCAGCUGACCAAGCUGCAGGAGUUUGUGGAGGAUGACCUCUUUGUCCGGGAGGUUGCCAAAGUGAAGCAGGAGAACAAGGUGAAGUUUGCACUGUACCUGGAGAAGGAAUACAAAGUGAAGAUCAACCCUUCCUCCAUGUUCGACGUGCACGUGAAGAGGAUCCACGAGUACAAGCGGCAGCUGAUGAACUGCCUGCACAUCAUCACCAUGUACAACCGCAUCAGGAAGGAUCCUGCAAAGCUGUUUGUGCCCAGGACAGUGAUCAUUGGGGGCAAGGCUGCCCCAGGAUAUCACAUGGCUAAAAUGAUCAUCAAGCUCAUUAACGCUGUGGCUCAGGUGGUGAACAACGACCCCGUUGUGGGAAACAAGCUGAAGGUCAUCUUCUUGGAGAACUACAGGGUCUCUCUGGCAGAGAAAGUGAUCCCUGCUACUGACCUGUCAGAGCAGAUCUCCACGGCAGGCACCGAGGCGUCGGGUACAGGGAACAUGAAGUUCAUGCUGAACGGAGCUCUGACCAUCGGCACCAUGGAUGGAGCCAACGUGGAAAUGGCCGAGGAGGCUGGAGAGGAAAACCUCUUCAUCUUCGGCAUGAGGGUGGAGGAUGUCACGGAGCUGGACAGGGAAGGGUACAAUGCCCAGGAGUACUACGACCAGCUCCCCGAGUUGAAGCAAGCCAUUGACCAGAUCAAGAGUGGCUUCUUCUCCCCGCAGGAACCUGACCUCUUCAAAGACGUGGUCAACAUGCUUUUCCACCAUGACCGGUUUAAAGUUUUUGCAGACUAUGAGGCUUAUGUCAAAUGCCAGGAGAAGGUCAGCGAGCUCUACCUGAACUCCAAAGCAUGGACCAAGAUGGUCAUCAAGAACAUCGCAGCAGCCGGCAAGUUCUCCAGCGACCGCACCAUCAAGGAGUACGCCCGGGACAUUUGGCACGUGGAACCCUCUGACCUGAAGAUCCCACCACCCAACGAACCCCGGGAUGCAGUUGAGGACAAGACCCCCAACGGCACGGUGGCGUAA